CUUGAUAAAUGUAUUUAGCUACUCAGUUUUAUCAAUUUAUUACAUGCAAUUAACUAAUUGAACAACACGUAAAAUGUAAGUCGAACUAAAGAAUUUUGUAUCAUUAAAAUAUCGUCCGUUUUCUUUUUUUUGUUUUGUUUCCCUACAAUAAAAUGACAACAAUACCAUUUGAAAGUAAUAAAAAGUUCACCAAACAGCACAAUGGGUCUCUCUUCAGGGGGAGGGGGUUGAAAAACAAUGUGUAACAAAUAAGUCUGUAAUAGGUGAGAAAUUUCUCGAGGAAACAUUGAUAAGGCCGCUACACAUUGUCACCACCGUGCCAAUGUCACGUAUACCAACAUGACACAUGUAAGUCCGAAAACGUUACUUUGUAAAGCUAUUGUUUUGAUCAAUAGUCACAGAGUUUUCGUUGGUGUUUCUCUCUUGGUAGCAGUAUUAUCGUUUAUAUAUUAUCCUUCCUCGGAGUUCCUGGGUGAAACAGUAAACGAGGUAGAGCUAUUCGACCAUUUUGAUGUCGACAAGGAUGGCGAGAUCAACAGAGCAGAGUUCUGGUCACUAGUUCCACACUUACAAAAGCCAACAACUGAAAGAACAAGAGCGAUUGCCAGUACGGAAUACCUCCGAAUAUGCUGUGGCUUUGUUCCCUUGGAUGUCCACACCUUGAGAUCUGCAGAGCUAGACCAACUAGAAUUCUUACUGAACGAUACCUCAUUAGAGGCCCUGCUAUCGUGGACGAAACCAGAGACCAAUCAAUUUCAAGUCCACGUGGGAGAUCUAACAACCUUUCUACCUGCCAGCAGGGACAUAGAGGUUGGCUAUGUUUGGAGUCUUUAUACCCCUGAAUCCUCCCCUCCCCUAAGAGCUGAUCCUCCUCAUACAGAGGGUAUUCAAGCCGUCCUCAUACGUCUCCUCUCCUCCUUCCAUUCAAAACCAUUUCUUCAGACGAGAUUCCAGCCUCGAGGAGGAUUUGCUAUUCUCAGAGCGCGUUCAUCUACUAAAUUGGACAUCACGUUUCGAUUCCACGCCGAAUUUCAACUGAAUGACAAUUCUAAACAACCAUUCUGGUUCACGCCGUCUCAGUUUGCUGGAAGACUUGUUAUAGAGGCAGACGGGUCUCAUGUUGACUUCUUCCACGUGACCGUCCCCUCCGAUAAAUCCUUAAACGUUGACAUGGAAUGGACGUCUGACACUGGCAUUGAUGGAAAUGAUGAAACUUUGACAGUUGAGAUCGGUUACAUGAAGCAGAUGGAGUUAUCCUCCCUUGAACCAUCCUCUACUUUCCCUCGAGCAUCCUGUGGUAAAGAAUCAAGUAUGACGAUACCAAAUAUUCAAUGGGAACAAGAAAUAUCGCACCACACUGCAGAAUUACAGCUUCAGAAAGCCUUCUUCCCAUUUAAACAGGUCGAGUAUUACAACAUAAGUGAGGCACUUUCAAGAGCUGCUGUAGAGAAAAAGUACGUGCACAGCAUCGUCCUCUGGGGUGCUCUAGAUGAUCAAUCCUGCUGAGGUUCGGGACGGACUUUACGGGAGGGUCCUCUCGCUAGUCCGUCCGUCAUCAGCCUCCUAAAGGACCGGUUCGUUAGCAGCUGGACCCUCCUGGAGGAUCUCCACCGUCAGCAGGAGUCGGAGGAUAUGGAGGUCGUUACCAGGGCAACACUGGCUCUUAGAGCCUACUCAUUUCCAGUGGAAAUUAUCAUCUAUAACUGGGAAGAAAAAAUUAUAUUUCAUGAAAAUCUCAACACAAUAUUUGAAGAGUCUUACAAUGCAGAAAACAAAGAAUAUCCGGAUUACUACGACUAUUGGGAUGAUUCAUUAACCCGAGCGUACAUCAGUGUUCUGUUAAAGGCUCUGGAAACCGGAAGUGACGACACACAAGCUUAAGUGUAUGAUGAAGUGGAAUAUAUCUCCAUAUAUAAUGAACCGUAUUGUGUAUGAAAGUGACUAAGGAUGACAAAUAUGUUGAUAUGUCUAUAUUUUUAUAAGAUAAUAGGGAGCGUUGAUCUUAUUUCCAAUUAAUCAAUAUAAUAUUCACUUGAUGUCACGUCAAUGAAUGCAAGGUAUCAUGUUUGCAAUUGGAGACAAACAAAUUUCCUGUAUGACGUGAGGAGCAUAAAUAAUGUAAUGUUCGUCACUGAUGUUGAGGAAUGAUAGUCUCCAGGCUUACUUUUACUACGUGUAUUUGCAGUUGUUCAAAAUCGUUGCAUAAAACUAAUAACUAUAUACAACAUUUAUAUAGCGCCCUAACGCUUUCCAACACAUGAAAAGCGUUAUAUACGUAGAUCUACUUUUUAUUGACCAUAAUUUCAUAUACCAUGUAAUAUUACAAAUAUAGAAGUUUCGUAUUAUCUAUCGUAUGGUCUUUAUUCGAGUGAAUAGUAUGUAGUUAAAAAUGACGGAUUUGAAAUAAAAUCGCUUA